AUUCGCAAAAUGAUCAUCAGAAUAUAGUCAAAAGAGGGAUGAAGACUAACAUUCGUCGAAUCUCUUUAGCAUGUUCAACUUGCAGAGCUAGAAAGGUAAAAUGUGAUGGUGAAAGGCCUGCUUGUCGUUCAUGCAUAAAGAAUGGUGUCACUUGUGUGUUCAAUGAAACAUCUGAUCAACGUAAACCGUAUUCGAAAUCAUACGUUAAGACACUGGAGGCACGAAUAACGGCAUUGGAAGCAGAGGUUAGCAAACAUAAAGCCAAUCAUGAGCAAGGUGCCGACUCUGGUAAGAAUGAAGCGCACUUAGUCACGCAGCCAGCGGCAGACACAUCAAUACGACAAGGACCAUCCGAUUUGGAUUCAAGGAGAACAUUUCAAUCGAGCAAUAUUGCCAACAAUGAUCGACUAUUGGACACUAUGAUCAGACGUGGCGGCUGUUUGUCUUUCGUCAAGAACCGAACGCAAGAUCCUUACCUGGAAACACAAGUGAUCAGUAACUUUUACGGAGCAUCUUCUGGUCGCAAUAUACCCGCAAUGAGUCAAUUCAGCGCUCGUGCUAUGCCACCGAUGGCACUCAAUGAUGAGAAUUAUGAUCGAAGAGAUCUAUACUAUGACCGGAUAAAUGAAUUCGUCGAUGCGUACUUCCAACAUUAUCAGCCAAUUUUAGGUCUACUAAAUAGGAACACCAUAUCCACGAGAAUCGGCUUUUACGGAGGAAGAAGGGCUCUAAGUAGUGAUUUCCUGCUGACUGCACUUGGUGCUAUUGGCGCACUUUCUUUGCAAGACUAUGCUGCUUGUCAUUUCUUUACCGAUAUCGCUACUAGACAGCUGGCCCCAGAAACGGUUCGUCCAAGUACAAGCACAGUUCAAGCGUUGGUAUUGAUGGCGUUGACGGAAUCUUCACUCGGUUGCGAAUCACGUGGCUGGCUAUAUAUUGGAAUGGCUUCUCGUAUCGCAUUGGAGAUUGGGUUGCCUCGUGAUAUUCACGAUUAUUGCCGACAUGGCUGGAUUGACGGGGAAGAAGCAAGGCUGCGACAUCGAACUACAUGGGCACUAUUUAUCGUAGAUCGUAUGCUGGCAUUGUACUAUGGUCGUUUUCCUUCUAUAGGGCCAGAGUCAAUCUCACUAGCCAUGCCAUCUCGAAGACGUGAACUGCAGGACUCGAUUUCGUUACGAUGUCCAUUCGCGACCGGAGAGAAGGGCGAAGAAGCACGUUUGAAAGGUGAAUGCGUCUCUUGUGAAAGCUUUGAGCCAGGUUUCGUUUGCUUGUUCGAGCUGUCAACGUUUUCUGUCGAUAUCAAUGCUCGAUUGUAUAUCAACCCCGUCUUAUCGGGCGAGGCUGGUACUACAUGGCUUGAUUGGGCAAGCGAUAUGAAUGUGCAAAUGGCAAGAUGGCUGUCCGAUCUUCCGAUCACGCUCAAGUGUAACUUUACACGUGGCAGGGUCCCUUCUCCUUUGGCCAUGCACAUUCACAUCGUUUAUCAUUCAUUGAUCAUCUUGCUCAAUCGACCUUUUCUGGCCCUGAGUGCAAAGAAAGCCGAAGCAAGAUUCGCUGCCCAAAGUUGUCAUUUCUCAUCGCGCGAAAUCGUCCGAUUGACAGCUCAAAUAAAAAUUCAUCAUGGAUUUCAAUAUACCCACAACUUUGUGGUUUAUUGUUUACAUGCUUCUGCUACGAUUGCGGUCAUUAAUGCGAAGUUGGGAACGGGAACUAUUCAAAGAGAAGCAAAGAAUGAUAUCGUUGCUUUGUUUGCUCUGUUUCGUGUCUUACGUGAUUUUCACAGAAAUGCAGCUUUGGUUUUGAACAUCUUGACGGAAUUGGUUCAAGCUGCAUUUGCAAGAGAUCCAUUUUUGCAGACUGUUCUUUCAUCUGGAGCUGGCACUGCCAAAGUCAAAGGAAGAACAGAUGAUCAAGCAAUGAUUGAAGACCACCUGGAAAGCAGUCAGACAGCCUCAACAUCUUAUUCGGACACUCUUGCCUCCAUGCAUGCCCAAUCCGACGGUGCUAUAUCGAGUGCAAAUCUAUUUGAGUCUGAUCCGGGCACUACAGCUGAAUUCUCACAAUUUGCCAUGGUUGAUUGGGACUUAUUUGCAACUUCAACAUUGAGCACAGUGAUUGAUUAUCUUGACGUUCAGCCAUGGCUACAGUCAUAGUAGAAUAGACAGAUAGGGAUGUUACAACCCGUGCGUACGCCUAAACGCUUGCUUCGAUUUGAUUAUCCGACGACAUUCCGAGCUGUCAUAUAUUGCUUCUAUUUCUUUAUCUUAUCAAGUGUACUUUUAGACAAGGUCUUAUGACCCAAUUUCAUCCAUUUGU